GUCCGUGCAUCCUGCCAGCUGAAACAGAAGAAACUCUGUGUUAACUUACACAGAAGCAGCAGGGAGUGCAGUGGAAGAAGCAAAUGGGAGAAUCGACGGAUUACACAGUCUGCGUUUUGAAGCCGCUUUCUCGUGCGUAAAAACAUCUGAUCACCGGACUAUGAGCGAACUUUUCCCGUCUGCGGAAUCAGCACGUUUUAUGAGAAGUUGUUUUUUUUCAGUGUGACGUUAAGAUCGAGCGCAGUGAAAGUUUUGAUGACACUUUUUAAGCGGUUGUUGAGGGCUGCAGACUGAGAAAAGACGCACCAAUCUGUCCGCUUUGGAGACUGCAGACAUGAGACUGUUGGUCAUCUGCGCGCUCCUGCUGUUCAACGUUACCCUUGGAGAUGCCUGUGCCAGCAGCCAGUUCACUGAAUCGGGCCAGUGUUGCAGUCUGUGUCCUGCAGGCUUUGGAGUGGAGGCAGAGUGUGGGAAAGAGGAUACCAAGUGCUCACCAUGCCCAAAGGGAACAUUUUCCUCCUCUGAAGGCCUCGGCCCUUGCCUUCCCUGCGCCAAGUGCCCACGCAGUGUUCCCACAUCGGCCUCUUGCUCUGCCACUCAGGACACACAAUGUGAAUGUGACAACGGCUUCUUCUUUUUGACCAGCCACGGCCUGUGUGCACCUUGCUCCAAGUGCAAUUAUGGUGAGGGCGUUACGCGGGAGUGUGGUCCACAGGGAGACCGGCUGUGCAAGACCUGUGGUCCGGGAACGUUUUCUGAGGAACGUAUUAGCACCAAACCCUGCCAGAACUGCACCAAGUGCUCCGAUAGCGAGGUGGAGAUCCGACACUGCAUGCCCAACUCUGACACACUCUGCAUGGAUAAGAAGCUGCACAUCCUGUCUCGUCCUGCUCUGGGCGGGUCUGAUGCUCCUCGCUGGCCAGGUGGCGAUGAAGGGGAGACCAGUCCGGCUCCUGGGACGCCAAAGUUUACCCCACCGGAUGAGGGACGCAGCAACAAUAUUCUGGCCUACGUGUCUGUCCUGGCUGCCGUGGUGCUGGGGCUGCUUCUCUAUGUUGCUUAUAAAUGCUGGAGAUCCUGUAAACAGAAGAAGGCUCUUUCUAAGGCUCGUGCUGCUGAGUUGGGAGCGUCUCCAGAGGGAGAAAAGCUCCAAAGUGACAGCGGCGUUUUCCUGGACUCUCACAGCCUACAAGACAACCAGCCCAGCAAAGGUACUAAAAGGGACAGCAAGCAGGACAACCGUUUGUACAUCAACCUACCCCCCCACAGACAGGAGGAGGUGGAGCGCCUCCUGCAGGAGGGCGGGGGCCGGGGGUGGAGGCAGCUGGGCGCAGCACUGGGCUACGAGCCUGAACAGCUGGACCUGUUUGGGCGUGGAGAGGCCCCUGCUCACACGCUCCUCUCUAACUGGGCCCAGAAAGAAGGCUCCACUCUGGGACUGCUGUGUUCUGCACUGGCCCGCAUCGAGAGGCCUGAUGUGAUAACAGCUCUUAACAGCCCCACGCAGGGUGUUUCUUUGGUCUGAAGGCUUGUCAAACACACCUAUGACACUAAAAGUGAAGAACUUUGUCUGAAAUGACAAGGAAGGCACUCUGAUAUCAACAACUCUACCACUGUUGGAGGCUGGGACUGAUGGUUCUGAUUGUUUUGUUGGAGACUUAUAAUGCCCGUUAUUACUCAGAGAAAAAAAUAUUUUUGUAUCAGUCUCUGCUGCCCCAGUUUAUGUCACCAUUUGAUGUUAUAUGGGUCCAACUGCAUGAAAGAAUCUUCUGCCACAGAUCAUAUCACCACUUUCCCAGUGGAAAUGAACACUGAAUCUCCAGUAUGUUGCCGCCUCUCAUUGCCACUGCUGAAGGAACAACAUUUUGAACUCUGGUUAAGCCUCAACGCCUUUCUAAUGGACACCACAGAACCUUGGUCAUAUUGGAUUAGAACAUUGACCCCCUCCACACUACAAAAAAUACAUUUACAAUGUUGUUUACAUGCACACAAAUCCUGGUAUUUGUUUAGUGACAGGAAACAGAAUAAUGUGUUUACACGUGUUGCACAAGUGUGAUUACACUAAAGACCACUGUUUACAUCUCAUUUGGACAGUAAUCAGAUUUAUUCUCUGCCCCUUUUUAAAAAAAAAAAAAUAUCCGCCUUCCACGUGCUGUUGUAAACAAAUACGUCUUAGAUCAUGGAGCUUCUAGUUUAGCCAGCCUUGUUUUAUGAAUCACAACUUCAGCAACCUCUUUGGUAUUACAGUUGAUUUGUGCCAGAAGCAGACGGUUUGUUCCAACAACUCUGCUUUCCAACAUG